CGCGUUAACAUGUUGAGCGUUCGCUAUACAAUGUGAUUUUUUUUUUUUUUUUCCCUCGCGGAAAAACAUCAACGGAGCGGCUUUAAGUAAUUAAUGUACGUAGAACAGGGUCGAUAUUUUAAAAGUCGUUAACUUUAGCAUUUCUUGUGUAACAGUUAGCUUCAGUGUGCGCGAUGAAGAUCAAGCGUCAGAAACAAGCCAAGAAAACCAUCAGCUUCUACAAAUACAACUUCAGUUUCAGGGAACCCUUUCAGAUCCUCAUCGACGGGACUUUCUGUCAGGCGGCACUGAAGAAUAAGAUCCAGAUCAAAGAACAAAUCCCCAAAUACUUGAUGGGGGAGGUGCAGCUGUGCACCACAAACUGCGCUCUGAAGGAGUUGGACUCUCUGGGGAAGCAGCUGUACGGGGCCAAGUUAAUCUUACAGAGGUUUCAGGUCAGGAGGUGUCAACAUGUCCACAGUCCUGUUCCAGCGUCUGAGUGUCUCCUGUCCAUGCUGGAGGACACCAACCCGCACCACUACUUUGUAGCUACACAGGACCACACAGUGACAACGGGACUCAAGAGGAUCCCAGGAGUGCCUCUGCUCUACAUCAUCCUCAACACCAUCGUGCUGGACAAACUCAGCCACGCGUCCCUGCGCUACGUCCAUGCCGUGCAGCUGGGACAGCUGAUGAGCCCGGUCCAACAGAGCAAGAUCCGCAGCCUGAAGCAGGAGCAGGGCCUCGGCCAGAAGCAAGGUGAGAGGCGGGGCAAAAAGCGGAAGAGGAAACAGGGAAACCCGAACCCUCUGAGCUGCCUGAAGAAGAAAAAAAAUGGUUUGCCCACACUGCCGCUGAAAAAAAAGGAGCAAGGGGAGAAGACAACGAGGAGUCGGCACAAGAAGCGCCGGACGGAGUGAGGAGACGCCGUGUCGCCAAACAUUUACUGCACCUUAACAAAACCAAAACGGGAAAUUGAUUUCUUGCAUGCAGUUUUUCUUUUCUUGAAGAUACCAGUAUUUUCUAUGUGAAUGUUUAUAAAUCAAUUAAACGGAUAAUCUAACUGGAAUCUACCGCCAAGUUAAUUAUAAUUUAAAAUAUCUUUUGUCAGCUUGACAAUUCCAAUGCAAAACACUUCCUCUUGUUAAAAAUGUCUCGUGAUUUUCGCUCCACAGAAAUCACGUGUUUAUUACAAAUAAAUGACAGUUUGAAUGUGCUGGUCCCAGGUUUCGCUUUAUUUUGAAAAGGUUUCCACUUAUUUUUGGGACUUCAGACCACAGGCGUAAGUCUGCAACAGGUCUGACACGGAGAACUUCUUAUCGCACCUACAAGAUUUGUGUCGAAUUUUAUACAAAAAAAAAAAAAACUUUUUAAAAAGUAAAGUUCACAGGCACAUGGUUUAAAAUUGGUUACACGGACACAUUACGUGAUGAUGGUUUCAAACGAUGCACUGAGCUCUGACUGCAGAGUUGAUAAAAAGAUAAGCAUAAGGGAUGUGUAGGAUUGAGUUCAUUUAGGAACCCUGAUCCAAUCUGAUUCCUUUCAGGAUGCAACCAACAUUUUAAUAAUCGAUUAAUCAUGUAUUUUUUAUCAUAGAAUAAUUAUUAAUCAACUGACUGUUUUAGUUAGUUGUUAGGUUCAUAAAGUGAAAAAUAUCAAUUGUUUUUCCAAUGUCCAUGAUGGCACAUUCUAAAAUUUUGUCUGCAACCCAGCGAUUCAGUUUACUGCUGUCUUAAAGUUUAGCGUACAUAAACAAUCAAAUGUAUAUCUAUGGUUGUUCUAAUUCUGAUGUGUGCAAUUAUUAUGUUCAACAUGGAAUAAUUGUG